UCAACAUCCCGCCAAAGCAGCAAUCAGUCCAAAAACAAACGAAUCAGAGUUGGAGAAGAAAACAACAAUUUCUAGAAAUCGACAAACGCAAAGUCGUGUUUUUUUUUUUACCGUUUAACCUUUCUCAUUUGGUCCCACUACGUUUCCCCCCCUCUCUCUCUACACCUCCAUGUGAUCAAGUCCCCCUUUUUGCAAUCACAAAACGGUCCUAGUGUUUUUCAUGCUACCAAGAAUUGUGUAUCGUUAAUUCAUUAUCAUUUAUGCUCGCACUCGAUUGAUCCUCAGCUGUUUGCAACUUCACCCCUUGGAAUUUGACUGGUUCUGUGCUCAAAUUUCUUCCGUUUUUUUUCCUUUUCUUGUAUUGUUGAAUUUUUUUCUCGGCCAUUUCCGUUUCUAGUUCAGUGAUUGAACUGUUUGGAUUGGUAGGAGGUGGAAAUCCAGAGCUGAAUUGCGGUGGUUGGUGGUGUUUUGAUCAGGGCUUUGUUCAGCCUGGUGAGUUGCAUUGUGGCGGUGAUUGGUCUGGUGUGAAGAUCUUAGGUUAAAAUUGCGGUGAAGUUUGGAUUGUGGAGUAGUGAAUUGGGGUUUUGAAUCCGAAACGGCGCCGUUAGAUGGCACUAUUCAGAAGGUUAUUCUACCGGAAGCCGCCCGACCGGCUUCUUGAGAUUUCAGAGAGGGUCUAUGUGUUUGAUAGUUGCUUCUCCACCAAUGUACUUGACGAAGAUGAGUACAGAACGUACAUGAAUGGAAUUGUUGCUCAGUUACAAGACCACUACCCCGAUGCUGCUUUUAUGGUUUUCAAUUUCAAAGAUGGCGAAAAAAGGAGCCAAUUAUCCGAUGUGUUAUCUCAGUAUGACAUGACAGUAAUGGAUUACCCUCAGCAGUAUGAAGGGUGUCCGUUGUUACCACUGGAGAUGAUUAACCAUUACCUGCGUUCGAGUGAGAGCUGGCUGUCGCUUGAGGGCCAACAGAAUGUGCUUCUAAUGCACUGCGAAAGGGGAGGAUGGCCUGUCCUCGCCUUUAUCCUUGCAGGCCUUCUUCUGUACAGGAAACAGUACACGGGCGAGCAGAAGACACUCGAAAUGGUGUACAAACAAGCACCGAGGGAACUUCUUCAUCUCUUGUCUCCUUUAAAUCCACAACCGUCUCAGCUCAGAUAUCUUCAGUACAUCUCUAGAAGGAAUAUUGGGUCCAACUGGCCACCGGCAGAUACACCUCUGGCUCUGGAUUGUAUUAUUCUUAGGAUCCUUCCUUUAUAUGACAGUGGAAGAGGAUGCCGGCCCGUAUUCCGUGUAUAUGGUCAGGAUCCUACUUCAAAAACAUCUACUAGAAGUUCGAAGCUUUUGUUUUCAACCUCGAAAGUCAAAAAGAAAAUCCGCCUCUAUCAACAGGAAGAGUGUGAGCUAGUAAAAAUUAAUAUCAGUUGCCGUGUUAAAGGAGACAUUGUUCUUGAGUGCAUCCACUUGGAGGAUGACUUGGUGAGAGAAGAGAUGAUAUUUAGAGUGAUGUUCCAUACAGCAUUUGUCCGAUCAAACAUUUUGACGCUAAACCGCGAUGAAGCUGAUGUUCUUUGGGAUGCCAAGGACCAGUUCUCUAGGGAAUUCAGAGCAGAGGUACUCUUUUCGGAUGCAGGUUCUGUUCAUUCUGUUGUAAACACAGAAGAAGCUGAAAGUGACGAUGGAAAUGAAACAGAAAAUGCCGGAGCUGAGGAAUUCUUCGAGGCGGAAGAGAUAUUCAGCAGUACAGUAGAUGCUCAUGAUGGCAAGGUGGAGUCGGAGUCAGAAUCUGAUGACUAUGAAGUUAUCACAAGUUCUGAGGUCAAUGAGAGUACUCAAGAGGUAGCUGUGAAGGGCGAUUCGGAUCAUCAUGCAUUUGAAGAUUGUGUGUCUGAUGAGGGAAUUCAGAGGCAUGAACGCAAUGAUAGCACACAGCGUAAUGGGAAUGCUAAAGUAGAGUCUGGACUUCAGAACGAUAAAGAAGCUACUAGUGCUGAAACAAAAUCUAUUAAUGGUGGAACGGGUGAUGAGUGUGAAGAUGAAGAAGAAGACGAGCAAAGGGCAGAAGCUCCUCGGGUAAUGAAGUAUCUCAAAGAGCAGGCCCAUGAACAGAAGCCUAUGGCUGAUAGUAAUAAGCCAAAGUUUGAUAGAAAGCCGCCAAUUUCACGAUCUGCUUCUGACGCAGUCGCUACCAACAACAAAUCUAAGCUGCCGGAGUCGCAGAGCACUCCAGCUAGAGUGGCAAAACCAAAUACUGUAUCGAAGUGGAUACCUACUAAUAAAGGUUCUUACACUAGCUCAAUGCAUGUUUAUUAUCCUCCAUCAAGAAAUAACAGUGCUCCGGCAUCACUAACUCUUGGCAAAGAUUCUACACCGGGAGGGAAAUCAAAGCCUCCCUUUGUCACUUCAUCUUCACCAUCUGCUACAACUGACAGAGGUACUGCAUCAGGCCGUUCCAAGCAUGCAUCUAACCCAUCAUCAUUAGAUGCAUCACUGGCUUCUGCCCCAUCUCUACCUUUACUCUCAGAGGUGGGAGGUGAAGCUGAACAUAGUAUAGAAUCUCCACCACCUUCAGAUAUACCCCAGCAAUCGCCAACUCCACCACCGCCGCCGCCACCUCCUCGGCCUAAUUCUUUUCUAUAUGAAUCUUCCCCUACCCCUCCUCCUCACUCUUCCAAUGUGCAGAAUACCAGUAGAGUGUUACCGCCUCCACCACCUCCUCCACUCCCAUUCUCAGCUGCAAGUACAUGGCAUGUACCUUCAGGAGUAUCAAGUUCUCCUCCACCUCCACUCCUUAUAUCUUCAUACCCUGAAAGAUCUUCUAGCAUAAGAAAGCCCUCUCCACCUCCACCACCUCCUCCUCCGCCACCACCUCCCAUGAAUGGGCUUCCUUCUAUUCAAUCACAUAGAGAUUCGCCUCUUCCUACAGUCCCACCUCAUCCUCCACCGCCUCCUUUUUCACGUGGUGUACCCCCACCUCCACCUCCACAACCUCCAACUUUUGGAAAUUAUGUUCCUCCUCAGAACUGUAGGACUCUACCACCUCAUCCUCCUUUGUGCAGUGCUCCACCUCCACCACCGCUUCCUCCUCCUGGUGCAUCUGGUGUACCAGCACCUCCACCACCGCCUGGACGGGAAAUGCCUGCUCCACCACCUCUGGGACAGCCUGCUCCGCCACCUCUAGGACGGCCUGCGCCACCACCACCGCCACCUCCCCCUCAUGGAGCUCCGAAGCCUCCACCUCCACCUCCUCCUACCUGUGGUGCCCCAAUUCCACCUCCCCCACCUUCAACUCGUGGCCCUCCACCACCUCCACCAGCACCUCCUGCUGGUCGUGUGCCUGGUCCACCAGCACCUCCAGGACCUUCAGGAGGUGCAACACCCCCACCUUCCCCAUUUGGUGCAAAAGGACCUGCAACAGAUAGUAAAGGGUUGCUUGUUGGUAGAGGGCGUGGGCUUCCACGUCCAAUGGAAACAGCAGCUCGAAGAUCUACCUUAAAGCCACUUCAUUGGAGCAAGAUAACCAGGGUAUUACAAGGAAGCUUGUGGGAAGAACUACAGAGAUUCCGGGAUCCUCAAGUUUCACCAGAAUUUGACAUUUCAGAACUCGAGACCCUUUUCUCUGCCACAGUACCGAAGUCAAGUGCAGGAGGAAAAGCUGGGAGCCGCAGAUAUUCCACUGGAUCUAAGACUGAAAAAGUCCAUCUGAUUGAUUUGAGGAGAGCCAACAACACUGAAAUUAUGCUCACAAAAGUGAAAAUGCCCCUUCCGGACAUGAUGGCUGCAGCACUUGCAAUGGAUGAUUCAAUUUUGGAUGCUGAUCAAGUCGAAAAUCUCAUUAAAUUUUGUCCAACUAAAGAAGAGAUGGAACUUCUUAAGGGCUACACAGGAAACAGGGAGACUCUGGGGAAGUGCGAACUGUUUUUCCUGUAGCUGAUGAAGCUUCCGCGUGUUGAAUCUAAGUUACGAGUUUUCUUAUUCAAGAUCCAAUUCAUCUCUCAGGCUUCUGAUUUCACGAGAAGCUUGAAAACUGUAAAUUCAGCAUGUGAUGAGGUUCGGGGGUCCUUCAAACUGAAAGAAAUUAUGAAAAAGAUUUUACAUCUUGGAAAUACAUUAAACCAAGGAACUGCUAGAG